AUGUUUGCUGACGUAAUUUUGUUGUAUUUCUUCUUCUGGAUUAGCGGAUAUGAGGAUUUGCCAUUGUUUCCAAAGUCGUUCGAAUCGAAAGUAUGUGCGGUAGGUAGCGUCGUGAGUAGGCGAGUGACGUUCAUAUUCGUUCAGAAGGUCGUCAUCAGAGUGUUGCGAGAUUUGGGAUUUGUGGACGUGUUCACGUUCGGUUUCCGAGAGCUGUGCGAAGCUGUCGCUUUGUGGUUCAAAUCUGUUGGCGAACAGUACCGGACACCUUGGAAGAUCUGUGGUCGAAUUGAGACGACGUUGAUUUGUGCUGGUUGCUGA